AUGAAUAUGAAUAUAUUAGGUUCAAUAGUGAUAUUGUUGUCAUGGGUGUGUGCAGAUGCUGCAGUGUUUCUGAGCAUCGAUUGUGGUGCUUCCGAUUCUUACACCGACAGCCUUUCCAUAAACUGGGUUGGAGAUGAUGACUAUGUGCACAGCGGCGAGUCCCACUUGGUGGAGUUGUCCAGCUCAACCCCUCAUGUGGCCAGCACUCUACGAGUUUUCACAAGUUUAAGGAAAAACUGCUACACCAUCAACAGCGUUGACAUGAUAAGUCAACGGCUUCUGGUGCGCGCUAGCUUUUACUACGGAAACUACGACGGUAACAACUCUCCUCCGACCUUCGAUCUCUACUUUGACUCCACCUACUGGACGCAAGUCAACUUAACCGGGCUUUCCGAUACCAUUGUUAAUUACGAGGUGAUAUACACUGUGAACAAAAACAACACCAGCAUAUGUCUUGCUCAAACCCUGCCUCGCCAGUUUCCCUUUAUAUCCGCACUCGAAUUCCGCAGUUUAGCUCCUAAAAUGUACACACGCGUUGCUUCUGAUUAUGCUUUGUUCAGGCAAAAGAGGCUAGCUUUAGGGGCGCAACAACUCAUUAGGUAUCCAGACGACAGUUACGAUCGGAGAUGGGUACCCGGGUACGGUUUGUUUGCAUAUCAGGUGGAAGGUGAGGCGAGAAUAUCCAAGAUGGAUGUGAGUGGUGCAGAAGAUAAUCCUCCUGCAACUGUAGUGCAAAAUGCAACCACCGGCAAUAACACGUCCGAGUAUUUUGAAUUAGAUACGUACCUCCCAGACUUUCCAGUUCAAGUGUACAUCACCACCUUCUUCUCGGAGGUGGAUCCUGCAGCACUCACUUCACCCAACAAACGAUCCUUUGAGAUUUAUGUAGACGAGCAGCCUUAUUCCAAACCCAUCGUCCCACCUUUUGAGAGCGUAGUGGAAGUCGCCAUCACCAACAUCACUGCUUCUUCGAAAACAUCCAUCACUCUCCGCCCCACUGCUGAUUCCACCCUUCCCUUCCUCAUCAAUGCCUUUGAAGUUUAUCUCCUGUCUAAAGUAGGACCAGCAACUGAUACCAGAGAUGGUAAUUAA